CACCCAGUGGCCUCCCGGGAGCCGCCGCCGCCUGCUCCAGCUCGAGAGACGCGAGCUGGCGGCGGGGCGGGUCUUGAGAGACUGGAGAGGUGGGAGGGCGGGGGCGGAGUCGCCCGCCUAAACUCCCGCCCCCUGCCGCGGUCCCGGGCCCUGCCCCGCGCGGCCCUGCCCGGCUCGCCCAGCCCUGGUGUGGCGGCGGCUCAUGGCGGCGGUAGGGCCCCCGCAGCAGCAGGUGCGGAUGGCCCAGCAGCAAGUCUGGGCGGCGCUCGAAGUAGCGCUCCGGGUGCCCUGCCUCUACAUCAUCGACGCCAUCUUCAACUCCUAUUACGAUUCCAGCCAAAGCCGGCUCUGCAUCGGGCUCCAGAUCUUACUCCGGCUCUUUGGUAUAUUUGUAUCCAGUGUUGUUCUGAUCUUGUCACAGCGAUCACUUUUCAAGUUUUACAUGUACAGCUCAGCCUUUCUGUUAGCUGCAACUUCAGUGUUGAUAAAUUAUUAUGCUGCUUUGCACAUUGACUUCUAUGGUGCCUACAACACAUCAGCUUUUGGGAUUGAGCUGCUUCCUCGAAAAGGACCCUCCCUUUGGAUGGCACUCAUCGUUCUUCAGCUAACGCUAGGAAUUGGAUACAUUACACUACUACAAAUUCAUUCCAUCUAUUCACAAUUGAUUAUUUUGGAUCUCUUGGUUCCUAUAAUAGGCUUAAUCACAGAGCUGCCAUUACACAUCCGAGAAACUUUAGUUUUUACUUCUUCCUUGAUUCUUACAUUAAAUACAGUGCUUGUCUUGGCAGUGAAACUUAAGUGGUUUUAUUAUUCUACACGAUAUGUUUAUCUUUUAGUGAGGCACAUGUAUCGAAUUUAUGGAUUGCAGUUAUUAAUGGAGGACACAUGGAAGAGGAUUCGUUUCCCAGAUAUACUGAGAGUCUUUUGGCUAACGAGGAUUACAGCUCAGGCUACAGUAUUAAUAUACAUUUUAAGGAUGGCAGAUGAAACUGAUUCUUUCUUCAUUUCUUGGGAUGAUUUCUGGGACCUCACUUGCAAUCUUAUAAUUAGUGGAUGUGACUCUACACUAACUGUCCUGGGCAUGAGUGCUGUCAUUUCCUCAGUAGCCCAUUAUUUGGGCCUUGGAAUAUUGGCCUUUAUCGGAUCAACUGAAGAAGAUGACAGAAGGCUUGGCUUUGUAGCACCUGUUUUAUUUUUUAUUUUGGCUCUUCAGACUGGUUUAAGUGGGUUAAGACCAGAAGAGAGACUUAUUCGCUUAAGUAGAAACAUGUGCCUUUUGUUAACUGCAGUCCUGCAUUUCAUCCAUGGAAUGACAGACCCUGUAUUAAUGUCUCUCAGUGCCUCUCAUGUGUCAUCUUUUCGUAGACAUUUUCCUGUGCUCUUUGUCUCUGCUUGCCUGUUUAUUCUUCCUGUUGUACUUAGUUAUGUUCUUUGGCAUCACUAUGCACUAAAUACAUGGUUGUUUGCAGUUACAGCCUUUUGUGUGGAACUCUGCUUAAAAGUAAUUGUUUCUCUCACUGUUUAUACGUUAUUCAUGAUUGAUGGUUACUAUAAUGUCCUCUGGGAAAAGCUUGAUGAUUAUGUCUACUAUGUUCGUUCAACAGGUAAUAUUAUUGAAUUUAUAUUUGGAGUAGUAAUGUUUGGAAAUGGGGCUUAUACUAUGAUGUUUGAGUCAGGGAGUAAAAUUCGGGCUUGUAUGAUGUGUCUACAUGCAUACUUUAACAUCUACUUACAAGCAAAAAAUGGCUGGAAGACAUUCAUGAAUCGUAGGACGGCUGUUAAGAAAAUUAAUUCACUUCCUGAAAUAAAAGGGAGCCAUUUACGAGAAAUAGAUGAUGUGUGUGCAAUCUGCUAUCAUGAGUUUACAACAUCAGCUCGUAUCACACCAUGUAAUCAUUAUUUCCAUGCACUUUGCCUUCGGAAAUGGCUGUACAUUCAAGAUACUUGUCCGAUGUGCCAUCAAAAAGUAUACAUUGAAGAUGAGAUCAAGGAUAAUUCAAAUAUAUCUAACAACAAUGGAUUCAUUGCACCCAAUGGAAAUCCAGAGGAAGCUGGAAGAGAAGCUGCUGCUGAAUCUGACAGGGAAGUGAACGAAGAUGACAGUACAGAUUGUGAUGAUGAUGCUCAAAGAGAAAGAAAUGGAAUGAUUCAGCACACAGACGCUGCAGCUGAAGAAUUUAUUAAUGAUGAUACUGAGACUGAUUAAAAUCGCAUUUACUAAUUAUUGAGGUAUUUGUUUAAAAUUCAGUUGAUCCAAAAUGGAGUAAUAAGUUUCACUCCAAUGUGUAACCAAGCACAAAAACAGUAUCAAUGUUGAAUCUGUGAAUGGUUUUCUGUUUACUGUCAUGUGCUACUGUAAAUAUACCUCUUUAAUUACUUCUGGUCUCUUUGGUGACCUAUUGAAAUUUGUGUACAUUAUUGUACAUAGAAUAAAAUGUUUUCAUGUUUUUUUGACAAAAUUUGAACAAAUAGCUUUUUAAUAGAUGUAAUAAUACGGUGCGUCAGCUGUGCCAAAGAUUGCUCAAUGAAGACAUAACACACGUAGCUCUGGACCCUAGUUUUUCUUUAAAAUGGGUGGAAGAAUUCAAGUGCAAGUCAGAGGAAACCACAAUCAAGGAAAUGAUUUGGACUCCAGGAUAAAGGCUGUAUGUAGAGUAUUUUAAAAUUAAGGGGAAAAUAGGCUACUUGGAAGUGACUGAGACACUUUUUUGAAAUUUGAGAGUAGCAUUAGGGUUGAGCUGGGUUCGAAAACCAUGAUUCAGAGAUUGUGUAAGAGUUAGGAAGUAGGCUUAAAUCAACUAAACUUUGAUAAAGACCAGAUGUGCUAACUGUUUGAUUUUGAUGUAAAAAUAAGUAUAUUUCUUAGCCAUUGUGUGUUUGCAGCACUGACAAAAUUGUCCUUUCAGGCUUUUGAAGAGAUUACAAAAGGAAAUACUUGGUCUUCAUUGUUUUAAACAAAGACAUUAAGUAACAUAAAAGUGAAAAUCCUGACUUAAUGGAUUAAAAAUGAGGGGGAUGAUAUACAGUGAUAUAUAAUACCUCUUGAGACAAUUUCCAGAGAAUCCCUUUAUUGAAACUUCAAGUUUUACCAUGAAAUUUUACAUACAUGAUGGAAAAUGGAGGAUGCACACCAAUUACAUGUUAGGAAAAAAUAAUUUAAUGGUGUUGUUAUAUAGCGUAUUGGCUAAUUCCAGUGGAUCCUCCUCUCUUACUGCUGACAUUAUCUCCAGUAUUUGACUAAAACAAAACAAAAAUGGAUAGUUAAAUUUCCAAGUACAUGCUCUGUUUUAAAGGCAUUUAAUUGUAUUUUUUCCAUGUAAAGGAAGAUAUUACUGCCUUUAACAUAGUAAAUAAGUUUAACAGGCCAGUAUUAGGUUUUCAGCAUUAUCAACAGCAAAGUUUAACUGCUAGGAUAUUUAAAAUGGAGUAAUCGGAGACACAUUUCUGGGCAGUCUUGCUUAUAACUAGAGCCAAGAACCAAGUUCAAAUAAAUUACAAAAGCAGCCCAUAUUACGUGUACCACAAUUUUGGAAUUAAAACUCAGUGGACAUAAAGAGUUCUUAUAAACUGUAGGUCAUUAUAUAUUCAUUAGUGGGUCAGGAUAUGUUUUACAAAAUUGAAAGUACAGUGCACUUGGAAAGUACUGUUUCAUUUUUGUUUCCACUUUAUUUAUAUAUGUAUGUGUGUACUAAGUCACAGUGUAGGUCUUAACUAUGGGGACAGCAGUUUGAAAAACACUGCUUAGAGAACUAACUAGUCCUAAAAGUCAGCAAGAAAUUGCUGCAUGAUCACUAGCACAAUGACAGCAAAAAAGUUAUCUACUUGGAACAACGUAUGGUUAUUGGGGAGAGUGGGGGGGCACUUUCUCUUCCUGUGCUUUGUCUGCCUAGAAUAAUAAUCAUCAAUAGUACUGUCUAGCAAUAUUAAAUACAGAAUAUUUUAAAAACAUUACUUAGAAAGUUCUAAAGUCAAAAUUAAAUAUCUAAAUACUACUUGUCUUAAGCUUUUUGUUUUCUUUAUGGGUUUUAUAUAUGAACACUUACAGGAAAAUUAGGGACAGAUUAGAAAUUAACUGGAACUUUUCUAUAAUGAUAGUAACACAAAACCUUGCUUAAUGAUUAUACUAAAUGGACUAAAUUUGUGUUCUCUGACCAUCACAACAUGCUAAAAGCAAAUCUAUUAACAUUUAAGUUGACACUAAAGACCCAGUUUUCUUAGUGAACUACAGAAGUCUUCCUCUGUUUACUACUCGGAAUUGGAAGUUACAUGCGUAAUACUUGUGAAAUCAAUAUGAUGAUUCCUGUCACCUAUCUCCUUUCCAGUCCCUUCUCCACACUGAUGCUGGUUAACAGCUUUUAAGAACUGCCACUUUUCUGCUUAAAAUCCUUUGGGUCCUAAUAAAAUCUAAACUUCUAAAGUUGGCAUACAAAAGUACUCACAAUCUGGCGUCACUGUACCUUCAGACUUACCACUCUUACAAUGCAUCCUACUUUACGUCACACUGAACUCGUUGUUGCCCUUGCAUCCUACUUUCUGUGACACUAAACUCAACACCAAGUCUUUCUGCAGUCUGCCUUUGCUCAAGGUAUUUGUUUUGGUCUGGCAUAAAUACCGGUUAUACUUAGUAAACAGGUGAACUAUCAGCUUAGGUAAGCUCUCUCCCCUCAAGGCAGGCAGUUGCCAUGUUUUAUGGUCCUAGUCAUAUGUUGAUACCUCUAUAACUGCAUUAGCAUUUUGGAUUAUACUUUUUAUCUGCUUAUUCCAGGAGGGCAGGGGUCCUUGUCUGACUUGUUUAAUCCUUUAUCUGAAAUAUCUGGUACAAUGUACCUACUCCUCUGGUAAAGGGAUGAGGGCAGGGCCUGACUUGAUUCUUCUGUAUAGCUUUGGUAACUCGUACCUUUCCUGACAUAUGGCAAGAGCUCCAAAAUGUGUUUCAUACCAUUUAUAGUCUAAAAGAAAGGAAAGAUCUGUAUACAAAUAAUUAAAAUGUAAAACUGACCAGAUGGAGUAAAAAUGAUUUGUAAGUAAGAAUUAACUAGUUAAUUAGUAAUUAUCAUUAGAUGAAAGGUAUAGUUUGCCAAUAAUUAUUUUCCCAAGUUUUACUCUACUCAGAACUGGUAUUUCUUCUUGGUUCUUAAUAGUUUGCAUUCAGAAACAAAAUUAAAAUUUUGUCUUGCGAAUGUGUAGCUAUAACUUUAUAAGAAUAUGGCAGUACAGAAAACUGAUUUGGAUACUUUCUCUAAGCUAGCUGCUGGAAAAAUGCCAGUUUUUUGUCUGGAGUGCCCUUUCAUGUCUCCUAAGAAUUAAUCCGAAAUAUUGUCUCUUUUAUUUCAUAAAAAUUACAAGUGGUUCUUUACUAACCAGAACUUAAGGAUAUUCCACACCCUAUGGGUUUUAAAACAUCGAGUUUUAAAGUCUUUGCCAACACCAGCACUUGCAUAAAGCGAAAUCUUCUCAAUAUAUUUUUACAGAAAAAUUCUUUACUUUUUUGUCUGCUGAUUUUAGAUGUGGCUUACCUAAUACUUUACUUGUUAAAAACUAGUUUUAAAAAAAGAUGGUGCAUGUGGAAGGAAUUAUUACAAUCUAAAAGUAACAGUUCAAUAUUAAUUUUUAUGAAUGUGUUAUAAAUAUGUCCAGUUGCCUGAAUUGGUAAAACAUACUAGAUUGAUAGUCUAGAUUUAAAUUACCUGCUUGUACAAACCAAAGAAAUUGGAUGAUAUGCCUAUUAAAAUGAUGUAACAAAGUUUUCCUAUAAGUUACAGUAUGUUCUACACCUACUUGACAGUUAGAUGGGUAACAGCUCUAAGACUUUUCAAAAUGUGAUUACAUGUUACAAUCAAAAAAUGAUUCUGAAUUAAUUUUUUAAUUCUGUAAAGUUUGCCUUUUUUUUUUUGGUUGGAAAAAGUAAAUCCUCUAUAAAAUUUCUCCUUUGCUGCAGAAGCUUAAAGAAACAUGUUAUUUCUUAUAUUUAUUCUGGUUGUCAAAUCAUUUAAAAUACAAUACCAAUAAAAAGGUCUCCUACUGGGUAA